CUGAGGAUGCCGGACCUGUACAUCGCUCUGGGCCACUACUCGCGAGGGGACAACAGUUUACGCACCUGUGUCGUGGUGGCGCCGACGCAACUGCGGAGGCCUCGAGGAGCCGAAGACAGCUACCAGUACGACAUGACGACUGCAGCCGAGAGCAUCGUCAGGCUGUCGGGUCUAAAGCUCAAGUCUGCACUCUCGGUGACAUUGAGUGGGCAUUUAGCGGUACCCACGGACCCAAACAACCGUGGUUUCCUGGCACCCUGCAUGACCAAUGACAGCGUCGAUUCGUUCGCCAGCUACGCUGAGGUGUGCAAGAGCCCGAACUACACGUCACCAGCGACGUACGACCCUUCUGUGGACGCAGCACAAUUUCGCCACGCCACCGAGCCGAUUGUAUUCUCGUACGACGACCGAAAAGGACUUAAUAAAAAGCUGUGCACAAUCAAGGAGGAGCAUACCGUCACCAAGUUCGGCAUCGCCGUCUUCGACGUCGACUACGCGGACUUCUCCAACGUCUGCAAGUCGAGAGGCGGGCCUUUCGCGAGACUGCACCUGCUACGCAGUGUGCUCAACUUCUUCAGGACGAGGUACAGGGGCAGCGCAGACUUUAAAAAGUGCACGCAACUAUAUCAGGCUAUCGCAGGAUGAUGAAAGUAGAGCACACUUAUGACAACCUUGAACCUUGU